AUGGGCUCUGAAGUCUUACCCCAAUGGAUUGGUGACCUCCUGGAGGAUGCUGGUUACAUUUCUGUUUUUCUUUCCCUUGAUCAGGAUGUUGCACAACCUGUGAAGGCGCACCAUCACUUUAGUUUCAUUGGUGAGGUUGGCAAACAAGAACCUGCACGCGUCCGUGGAAUCAAAGCAUCUUCUUUCCAUAAAAAAGGCUAUGGUUUUGGUCUCCACCGUUUCAUGAAAAGAGAGGCCCUUGAGAAGUCAGAGCAUCUCAAGGACGAUUGUUUCACCAUCCGGUGUGACUUCAUCAUUGCUGAAGCUGCUGCUGCUCCCUUGAUCGAGGUGCCCCCACCUAAUUUAAGUGAGCAUCUGAACCAUCUCUUUGUUACGAAGGUGGGCGUCGACGUGACCUUCGAAGUCGGCCACGAGACAUUCGCAGCGCACCGUUGUGUGCUCGCGUCCCGUUCCGCCGUCUUCAUGGCAGAGCUCUUCGGACCCAUGAAGGAGGGGAUUGCUAUAGACGAUGCCAUACAGAUACAAGACAUGGAACCGAAUGUCUUCAAGGCCUUGCUCAAUUUCGUCUACACCGACUUGAUGCCAGAGAUGGAGGUGGAGGGGCAGGCAGGGGAAGCCGUCUCUAAGGUUACAUGGCUGCGACACUUGCUUGCCGCCGCGGAUAGGUUUGGUCUCCAGCAGCUCAAGUCAAUGUGUGAAGAGAGGCUGUCGGAGCACAUAAAUUUGGGCUCGGUGACGGCCAUCCUUGGUCUGGCAGCGCAGCACCAUUGCCGUGGACUUAAGGAGGCCUGCCUGGAGUUCCUCAAAGUCCAAUCUGCUGCAAUCUUGGAAGGUGUCAUGGCGACCAGUGACUGGCAGCACAUAUCUGCAACUGACCCGUCUGUUCUGAACGAGCUCAUUGCCAAGCUUGCCUCCAAAGCGUAG